CAAGAGAUAUAUAGCUGGAACCCUGAAAGGAGGAAGAUCAUCCAGCUGGCAUCCUCCCCUCUGCUGAUAGUGGGAUCCAUUCUUCUAAGAAGAACCCUGACAGAAAAGAUAAAGAAUAUUUGUGAGAUACACGCCCAGUUUCCAAGGGCCCAGUCAUGUCCCCAAAGGGCCUUCGGCCUCAGGCCUUUCUUCUCUUGCUCUUCCUCAUGGCCACCACCCUGCUGCCACGGAGCGAAGGCACCUCUUCCGGUGACACCAAGCUCCCACGGAGCGAAGGCACCGUUUCCGACGAACCCCAGCUCCCAGGGAGCCAAGACAGCUCUUUCAGAGAGUUCCUGAAAAGGCACCUGGACAGCCCCAAGUCAGACUACCAGAACGACCACACCUACUGCAACCUGAUGAUGAGCCGCCGGAACCUGAACUGCCAGCGUGGCAACACCUUCAUCCACAGCAGCGAACGGCAGCUGACUGCCAUCUGCAAUUCAGCAAAGAGGAACUUGGAUGGAAACCAGACCAGCAGAACCCUGUUCCCCAUCACCAUCUGCCGCCUGGCCGAAGGCCGCAAGGGGCUUUACUGCCGCUACACGGGGAAGAGCGAAAUCAAGAAGAUCCGGGUCACCUGCAAGAAUGGCCUCCCUGUCCAUUACAUUGCCCAUGCCUAAGCCGGGGCGAAAUGUGAAGGAGGAAAGAUGUGGCGGCUGAAAUUACUCUGCUUUGCUUGGCUGAUCCUUCCCCAAUCCUCCCUCAGAGCUCCUUGUAAUGAGGGUGACCCUAUGGAAAGAAGGACAGGGCUCCUGUCUCUUUAACAGUUGCACAGAAAAGGGGGUUUCAGUAGGUAUCCUUUGUAUGAAUGCAGCACCUGGUGAAAUGCCCU